CCGAGCGCACGCUUAUUUUGCUAUUGUCAAUAUUUUUACAGCCUGUUUAGUGGGCAAACUGAAGGAAUUUUACAAUUCUGACAGCCCUAAAAGUUUUAAAAGACGAUUUUUAUGAAUCUUGCAAGUUUUUCAUAUUUCACGGGCAUGUGCAACAUGACGGCAGAGUCCCAGCACUCACCAGCCGAGGCGGCCAGUCCAGUGGUGGUGUCUCCCAACGUGAGCCUGGACUCCCCGAUUCCUCUUUCUCCACCAGCGUUGAACCACCAAGCUCGAACCAAGGACGGCGUUCUCAUCAAAGCCGAGCCCCGGGGCAGCAGUCCAAAUACAGACAGGGAGGAAGGGGUUUCAUUGGGUCAAACAGAGGAACAUCUGGCCGCCACUGGCAGCCGGCGGAGGAAAAGGCCAGUGCCGCGAGGUAAACCUCCCUACAGUUACAUCGCGCUUAUAGCAAUGGCCAUCGCCAAUUCACCUGAGAGAAAACUCACUCUAGGCGGCAUCUAUAAGUUCAUCAUGGAACGCUUUCCUUUUUACCGCGAGAAUUCCAAGAAGUGGCAGAAUUCCAUACGGCAUAACCUCACCCUCAACGACUGUUUCGUGAAGAUCCCGCGAGAGCCCGGUAGGCCCGGCAAAGGAAACUACUGGACGCUCGACCCUGCCGCUGAGGACAUGUUCGACAACGGGAGUUUCUUGCGCCGGAGGAAGCGCUUCAAGCGGACUGAUGUUAGCACAUAUCCUGGGUACAUGCAAAGCUCGAGCGCUUUCACGCCCACACCUAUGGGUAGACAGGUCUACCCCAAUGCUUUGUACCCGGGUGUAACGUCUGGCUACGGGACUCAGUUGGCUGGUUCCCCGCACCCGGCGAUGCUGCAUCACUAUCAGGCAUCGGCCGGGGUCACGCAGGGUCAGCCCAGGAUGUUCAGCAUCGAUAACAUUAUUAGUCAGCAGACUGUGAUGCAAAGUGGAGGAGAUCUCAACCCGCAGUCUCUCGGCCUGGGUGUUGGAGACUUGGGUGCCAUGACCUCCAGCUGUUCCGUGUCCACCUCAGACCCAAGCUGCUUUCAGACACAACCGAUAAAUCCCACGAGCAACAUGCUGAACAGGAACACUGGACAUCUUGCUUCAAACAUGACAACCAGCUACACGUACCCCUCCUCGGCUUCACCUACUCACCUGUCCGGGGUCACGCAGUCCAGCUUCUCACCCGGAGGUUCACAGGUGUACUGUUCGGGAAACAGGAUUUCGCUGCCGCCUGUGCGUUCUGGGUCGUGCGCAGAUCAUACAGACCCACUUUUAGGUCUCUCCGGACCGACAAUGAACUCAUACAAUAAUUCAUAUAUGAGACAAGCCAAUUUUGCCUCAGGACUGGAGCGAUACAUGUGAAAACAUGUGAAAAUGGCCCCGAGAUUGAGUUCUUGUUAUGUAACAAAAGUUGUGUACCGUGUGACAGAAUUAACCAGUUGUAUUAAUUACAGUUCUGUUAUUGAUAUGUAGUCUGAAACAUUUGUUUGACUAUAUAUCAGAGGACAA